UUCAACUGGCAGGCCACGAUAAUGGGCCCGCCCGAAAGCGCCUAUGAGGGAGGUGUUUUCUUUUUGAAAAUAAUAUUUCCCACUGACUAUCCUUUCAAACCACCUAAGGUGAGCUUCACCACAAAAAUCUACCAUCCAAAUAUCAACGGGAAUGGCAGUAUAUGUUUAGACAUACUGCGCGGUCAGUGGUCUCCUGCAUUGACCAUCGCCAAAGGUGAGGUUUUUCGUUCGUGCGAUACAUGUGUUUCAGUUCUACUUUCUAUCUGUUCUCUGCUAACGGAUCCCAAUCCCGAUGAUCCCCUUUGUCCGGACGUUGCACGCCAAUAUAAAACCGACCGAAACAAGUACGAAGAUAUUGCGAGGGAAUGGACCAGGAAGUACGCAAUGUGA